AUGUCCGAGGAUAAUCUUCAUAUGGUCGUCGUGCAAGCGCCGAACUCGGGAGCUCUGCACGUCUACGUGCAAGGUAAUCUGGAGGAGCGCGGUGGAAAGACCAUCAUUCUGACCGUCCAUGACAUUGGAACCAACCGUGAGUUUCUUAAUCGACUCUCUGAAAUGCCAUGUCCACGUGUAACCUUCCUUCAGACAAGAGCUUCGUCCGAUUCGUCAACCAUCCGAGCAUGUCCGCCGUCAAGGAGAAGGCCAUCUUCCUCCACGUCUGCGUGCCGGGACAGGAGGACAACUCGCCGGACUUCUUCGGCGAAUUCCCGACUCUCGACGGAAUCGGAGACGAUCUGACAGCGGUCCUUGACAAAUUUGAGGUCAAGUCCGCCAUCGCUUUCGGAGAGGGUGUUGGAGCCAACAUCAUCUGUCGUUUCGCGGUGAGUUGAGCUCUUUCUGAGCUUUUUGAUCAAAAGAACAGCUGGCCGCAGAAGCCAUUAGUCUGGGGUUUAGUGGUUAUGGGGCGACACGAAAAGUAGAAAAAAGCACAUGCGAAUUGGCGUUUUUUUGCAGAUGGGACACCCGAACCGCAUCAUGGGAAUCGUCUUGGUCCACUGCACCUCCACCACUGCCGGAAUCAUCGAGUACUGCAAGGAGAAGGUAGGCGAUGACUGUAGAUCUCUGUUGAUCGGCUCAUGAAAUCAUGAUCCGGGGAGGCAAUCGAUGGUGUAACAAAAUGAUAAUUGAUCUGAGCUGCAAAGCUCGGCAGCGGCUCGACCGGGCUCAGUAUCAAGUUUUGUGCUCUUUAUCUUCUUCUCUUCUUCCCCAGCCAUGACGUCAUUUUGACGAGCGAUGAGCAGGAGGCGCCCGGGGUGCGGGAAAGUAUGAAAAAGAUGGGGACCGAGUGGAGGGAGGGUGGCAAGGAAAAGAAUAUAUUCCGACAAAAAAGCGACGAAAAUUUGAUUACGUCAAGAUGAAAACGGGCGAUGUAGAAAACACAGAAAAAGAGACAUUGCUUUUGCGGUGUGUGACGUAUUGAGACCAAAACAGUGAAUUUCAGGUGAUGAAUAUGCGUCUCGAGAACUCGAUCAUGUCCGACGGCGCCUGGGACUACCUGCUCGCUCACAAAUUCGGAGGAGUAAGUUUCAAGUUAUUUUUAUCUGAAACUCAAAUGAACAAAUGAGAGAACAACCACUAACUAACAUUUCAGGGAGAUGUGAGUCAACUAACCGCUCGGAAAUAAAAGAGAUUUGUACCUAUGUUUUGUUUAUAAUUUAUAAUUUGCUGAUUUCUGAAAUCUGAUUUUCACGUUGUUCAAUUCUUAGAAAGUAGAUCGUUAAUCCGUCCCCGCACCAAAAUUGAUUCUGAAUCACAUUCCCUAGUUUGUAAUCAUCUUGAGUGUUCAGAAUAGUCAGAUUAUAGCUCAAAGUGUGAAUUUUCAGGAGUCCAAGUCUCGCCAGGAGUACCUCGAGGAGCUCAAGGUUACUCUGAACGCAAAGAACCUCUCUAAAUACCUGGUCGCCUUCACCAAGAGAACCGAUCUUUCCUCGACCAUCGGAACCAAGCUCGAGACGUAAGUAAACAUUUGACUAUUUACGACGGUUUAAAAUUAUUGUCGAAUUCCAGUGUUGACGCUCUGCUGGUGACUGGAAGCAAGGCCUCGCACCUCCACACCGUCUACACAACCCACAAGAGCAUGAACAAGAAGAAGACCACUCUUCUCGUCGUCGACAACGUCGCCGAUGUCAUGCAGGAGGCGGUGAGUACUCCUUAACCUGAAAUGUUCGCAAACUUGCGGUUUUCUCACAUUCCGCUGAUACUUUACUGAUUUCUCAAGUGCACUACAUUUUUCUUUCGUUCAUAGAGUGUAGGCUCCUGACCGAGAAGAGCUCAAAGAGCGCUUAUCAGUUGGCUGCUAGUUUCUGCAAACCAUGCGCUUAUCGCGUUAUCAAAAAUGAAAAAUCAGCACGAGCAAAACAAAACUAUAAACCGCGUUUUUGAUUGCGGUGUGAUAAAAAUAGAAGUGUAGAAUGUCACGUAUUGCUCUUGGCAGUUUGAUUGGAAGAGAAUAAUUGAAAUUUUCAGCCGGACAAGCUGGCCCGCUCGCUGAUCCUUCUCUGCAAGGGAUGCGGCGUGCUCUCCGGAGUCGCCAUCCCCGGAAUGGAGCGUCAAAGAACUCUGUCGAGCUCGAUGGAAGAGGCGGAUCGUCCGCGUCGCAUGUCUGUCACCCAGCCGCACCUUCCGCCAGUCCCGUCCAACUAA